GUCAAGGUCUGACCGUAGUCGACUGUUGAUAUUGAUUCCCGAUCUGUCUCAUCUUUCGUACUGUGCAUUUAUCACUGGUUGCAACAGACUGCAAGGAUCAGCAUGACUCAUGAACCCAAGCCCACCACGCUCCCGUCUUCCGUCACUGCACCUGUCGCUGCCUUAAGCAGCAGCAAUGAUUACGAUGGCACGCUCACUCCAGCUCAAGUCGAGCGGUUCCAUCGUGAAGGCUACCUUGUGCUGCCAAACUUCUUCGAUGCCGCACCGAUCUUGGAGCAUGCCAAGCAGGUAAUCAAUGGGUUUGACCCCCAGCGGCAUCCCAUGACGCAAUUUUCCACUGGCGAAGAGGACGACCAGCAAAUGCACGACCGUACACAAAGCAAAAAGCACGUCGGCGACGCCUACUUCCUCGAAAGUGGCGAUGCUAUGCGCUAUUUUCUAGAAGAAGGAGCGGUCGGGAAGGAUGGGAAGCUGACGUGCGAACCGAGCAGGGCUGUCAACAAGUGCGGCCACGCGCUACAUGCUCUUGAUCCGACAUUCGCCAAGUUCAGCUUCGAUAGAAAGAUCCAGAACGUCGCUAGAUCUCUCAACGUGCACAAAGAUCCAAGAGUUCUGCAGAGCAUGAUUAUCUGCAAGCAACCCUCGAUUGGCGGCGCAGUUCCAUCUCAUAAUGACUCUACCUUCCUUUAUACAGAUCCGCCUUCUGCAGUGGGUUUUUGGUUUGCGCUUGAAGACUGUACAUCUGCGAACGGUUGUCUGUCCUUUAUGCCCGGCUCGCACCGCUGGCCCUCGUCCACUUCGCCUGCUGCAUCUGGCGCCCCUCGACCGCGAGAUGACCCUGCAUAUCUCAGUAAGCUGGAUCUCGGCCCGGCCCGCGGCAUCAACAAGCGCUUUGUCCGUAACGAUCCGAGUGAUACGACGCAAGGCACCAGCUUCACCGCGCUGGGCGACGGCGAGAGCGAGGAGGCAAAGUGGGACGACGAGGCGGCAAGAAUGGAAGAAUGCAAAGCCGGCGCACUCGUCCUCAUCCACGGCAGCGUGCUACAUAAGAGCGAAAAGAACCUCUCUCCAAAAUCGCGUUACAUCUACACCUUCCACAUGAUCGAGGGUCAAGACAAGUACGACGAUAAGAAUUGGCUGCAGCCAACGCCCAAGCUGCCUUUCACCCCCCUGCUGAAUCCUCCAGAAGCGAUAAAGCAGCUGAUCGAAGCAUAGUUGCAACCUGUAUCGGUAGCUCAUUCUAACGUUAAGUGAAGAAAUCUGCAUCAUUUGGG